UCAAUAUAAAUCCAGGAUAGGAUGUUUAUUACAGAAUGAAAUGGAAACGUUAAGUUGAAAAUUGACAAGAAAUAAUAUGGCGUUCUCCCAGGGACAAGACGUCAUUCGAUGUCAGCUUUGUUCAAAUCCCGUGGAACACCACUGUAAUCUCUGUCUUGUGGACCUUUUCUCAUGCAUACCAAAACACAUGGCCGACAAAUCAAGGAAACAUGAAGUUGUUGAAUAUACCUCCAAAGGAGAACACACCUUUAUCCUUGCAACAUGUCCCACACACAAGAAAAAGAGAUGUGAGACAUACUGCCAAGACUAUAAAAUACCAGUAUGUGUUCAGUGUGUGAUAACCUCACACAAAAAGCACGAAUUUACAAAUAUCAAUGAUAUCCUUCAAGAAAAGAAGCAGCAGAUAAUAUCCGACACAAAAGAAUUGGAAAAAACUAUUCUUCCAAAAUAUAGAAACGUCAUCACAAUACCUACAAUCACUGCAGAGUUUGACAAAGUUUUUGCUGCCAUAGAAGCGCAAGAGGAGAACAUGUGCAAAGCUGUACAUAAAGAAGCCAAUCGACUCAAAGAUGAGGUCACCAGUCAGAAGAAAGAAGCUGUAAGGAAGAGUCGUGAAAGCCGGAGUUUGACAGAUAAAGCUGAAAAGGAACUCAAUUCCAUUAUUCAGAAUAACAAAGAUAUUCUUAGAAGCAAUGAAACCACAACCAUAAUAAACUAUAAAUCAAGAAAUGUGAAUUUCCAAAACGGCCCAAAAUUACCAAAUAUUUCUUAUCCACGGUUUGUUAUUAAGCAAAAACAAAUUGAGAUUGGUUUUCUUAGGACAGAAUAUUCAGAUUCUUCUUCAGAAUCUUCCUCAGAAUAUUCUGAUAAUGAAUAUGACGAUUAAUUUACAACAGGA